AUGGUUGCUUUCCUGAGCGAGGAAAUCCACGGCAUGGUGCUGAAGACGAAGCAGAUAUUCAGCGCCGGUUCGAGGAAGAGCUCUAUAGCAACUUGCCGGAAGAUUUGGCCGCUCCUGGCGCGCAGGAAGAAGAAACGUAUGGAAAGCCGACUUACCGAGCUGCGUGCCGCGAACUCGCGGGGCGCGCGACCGAUCUUUCGCAACGGCUUCCUCAGCGAGCACUCCCUGUCCGCGAACAGCAAUGAUCCAGAGAGCUUUCAUCGCGCGAUGGCGCCUGUUUUAGUGCUGGCUCAAUUCUUCGGGGUCCUACCGGUGUUGGGUUUGCUUCAACCGACCCCUUACAAGCUGCGAUUCGUCAAACUAUCGCCCCGCACUGCCUAUGCCACCUUCAUAACGGCGAUAGUGCUCGUCAUGGCGAUACUGUCGGUUCUGCAUAUGAUAAGAACGCUUAACUCCACGGCAUUCGAAGUGCAAGGAGGAAUCGCGGCUGCGACGGCAGGCGCCGUAUUUUACGGCAACUGUGUGAUAGGCUUGAUUAUAUUUUUCUGGCUAUCGCCGCGCUGGGUGACCCUUCAACGCGACUGGAGAACCAUGGAGGAAUUCAUAGACAGUGAUAAAACGGAGCGGCCGAAGCUUCGCUGGAAGUUUUACACGUUGAGCGCCACCGUUCUGUUCUUAGCUCUGAUCGAGCACGUCCUGAGCAUAGCAGUGAACUCCGAGAAGCAUGACUGGAACGGCACUUCGAACUCGACGUUUCAAAAUUUCCUGAAGAUAUACUGCGCCAACUCCCACGCGUUUAUUUUGGAAACACUGACGUACAACUUCGCGCUCGGUAUCUUCAUCUUCAUCGUCAGCAAACUGGCGACUUUCACGUGGAACUUCACCGAUCUCUUCAUUAUGCUGAUAUCCACCGGCCUGGCUGAGAGAUACAAAACGUUGAACAAGCAAGUCACGACUUCCGUGUCGAAGCAUCGAACGAUAGACUGGACUGGAUUUCGCGAGGAUUACGCCGCUCUUUCCUGUAUGGUGAAAAAGGUGGAUGCCGAUAUCGCGGCCAUAAUCCUUCUGUCGUUCGCCAAUAAUCUCUACUUCAUCUGCCUGCAACUACUCAACGGCUUAUCUCAGCCGAGCGACAGCAGCCUUCUCAGCGAUAUUUACUUCUUCGGGUCAUUCGCGUUCCUCAUCGGCAGGACGGUGGUCGUCACUCUGCUCACCUCCAGGAUCAACGAUCAAAGCAAGGUGGCACUGCCGGCACUGUACACCUGCUCGUCCUCCACCUACAACGUAGAGACCGAGAGGCUGAUGCAGCAACUCACCACCGACGAUGUCGCUCUCACGGGGAUGCGCUUCUUCUCCAUCACGCGGAAUUUCAUGUUAGCGGUGGCCGGUGCAAUUGUAACGUACGAAGUCGUGCUGCUGCAGUUCAACGUCUCCAUGAACAAGUGAUUGCACAACAACAGUUAAACAUUCCGUCGGAACGAAAUAAACUGUCUAAACUAGAACAAUAAGAGAACUGUUAUC